AUGGGGUGCCUGUGCUGUUGCUGCAACUCCCCCAAGCACGACGAGGAGGGUAAAAAGUUCUCCAAAGGCGGAGACAAUGACUUGUCAAACGGGCCGGUCGCAUCGCGAGGGUGUACAGACGCAUGGUGUUUGAUCGUUUUGCUCGCCGCCUGGAUGGCUUACAUCGUAGUGACUGUGGCAGGACGACUCCAAGAUGGAGCUCCGGCUAAGCUCUACCUUCCUCGCGACUACAGCGGGGCAUACUGUGAUUUCGAGCAGAACUGGAACAAUGGACCCAAUCUCAAGGGUUUCUCAUUUCUCAGCUACACAAUGAAUGCCACGGCCACCACAGACGUCAUCGUCAAAGCUCUGCUAUGCUCUAGUGCAUCGAGCGAUGCACUGCAGAGCCUGUACUCUGCAGAAGCGUACAACGAGUACCUCUGCGACUGCUGCCUUACUCCUUGUGCGAAAUGUGAAGGAAGUUUCGAUGUUGGGGGCGAUUUGGACCCCACUAACCUGCAAGGGAGCAUCACAUCCAAGAUAGGAGAGCUGAAAGGCUCAGCGAACCCGGGGGACCUGUUUUCAGGUGGCGGAGCAAACGGGGACAUGUUCACAGAAAUGUGGAACGAAGCCACGAAGUAUUUCAACAUGGUUUGCUUAAAGUCCUGCAACGAAAACUUUGCAACUAUGAAUGCCAGUACGGAUACCAUCCGUGAAUGGACCUACACGAUGUCAGAGGACGACGACUUGAAGAAGCACUGGGAUGCUCUUACUGCCGGAGGGCCUGCCUUCAUCAAGGACUCCAUCAGCCAAUUCACUUUUAAGGCGCUCCCGGAGUCAGUUUGCCCUUACAACGCCUCCAAGUGCAUUCCUUUUCCCGGUGUGGAGUUUGGAGAGCUGUACGGCGGCUACUGCAGUUUCAAGAUGGGUGCGGAGGUGGUCGCAGCCAUGGGCCAAGCCGCUUCGGAGAUCUUCGAAAGUACGGGCCUUGCGUCUUUUCAAGACAGCUCUUCAGAAACGAUCGGGAAGUGGAUGGGUGAUUUUGAGAAUUCGCUGCCGGCCUUCAUCUUGGUGGCACUCUGCAGCUUUCUCAUUGGUUUCAUCUACCUGGUUCUUCUACGAUUCCUCAUCAAGUUCUGUGUCUGGUUUGCCGUUUUGCUGGUAUUUCUUAUGCUCGUCAUUGGCGGUGGUCUUUGCUGGAUUCGGAGCAGACAGUGUCAAGGUGCAGGAUUGCUGGAAACCGGGCAGCAGAUGGCGGUGUCAAUCGCUGUCACUGCCCAGACAGCCGCGGACAAUGCAAUGUCCGGCACGCAGGCAGUGAGCGAAGCCAUGACAGGAGACGGCGCAGAUUAUCGCGGCGUGCAGACACGCACAAAGAAUGGCUACCAGUGUGAACAGUGGGGACAAGGCAAUGCUGCCGCCUACAACACCAGUACGUACCCAAACUCAGGCCUGGUGAACAACUUCUGCCGCAACCCGUAUCAGACCGGAUCCACGAAUGUCGCCGCGACCAUCUGGUGUUUCACCACUGACACCAGCGUCACGUGGGAGACAUGCACGCCGGUUGGUGUCAUCGCGCCUGAGUGCGCUGCGGGCUAUGCCAUCACGAACAAUGAGGUCAGAAUAGUCCUGGAGGUUGUUGGCUACAUACUCUGGGUUAUCGCCAGCAUCUACUUCAUACUCGUCUGCUGCCUUGUCGACAGGAUUCGAUUGGCGAUUGCCGUGAACCAAGUGGCUGCCAGCUUUGUAAAGGACACACCCAGGAUACUGGUCAUGCCCAUUCUACAAGCUGUCAUUGGGAUCCUGUGGAUCUUGCUCUGGGCCCUCUCGGCUAGCUUUCUGCUGUCACAAGUGCCGGAAGACUACACGCCGAAGGCCGGCUUGAGGUUGAUUCUCCCGUGUUUGGAAGACUCUGUGCAGCGUAUGCUCCUGCACCAGGAGGCUUUCACAUCCUAUGACGAAGCUUUUGGAACCGUGACCUGGUGGCGCUUAGUUCAUAUGAUCUUUGACAACUUUCGCCCUCCAGUUUGUCAAUCGAAGGCGAAUGUUUCCGGCAAGUGCACGGACAAGUGGCCCACGGGUGGCGUUUGGAAGUCUGAGUCCUGUGAUUUGGUGAACGGGACCUACGCAUGCUGGAGAUGCUCUCCUCCACGGUAUGUCUUCGACUGGCGAUUCGCGGUUUCCUUCUUCGUUUUCCUUUGGAAUAAUGCCCUGAACAUUGCCAUUGGGCAGUGCCUCAUCGCUGGUGCCGUCGGGAUAUGGUUCUUCACUUCAAACUCCGACAAAGGCACCAAGCGGGUCAUUGCACAGUCCACGUGGAACGUGUUCCGCUAUCACUUGGGUUCGUUGGCCUUUGGCUCCUUCAUUAUUGCGGUGAUACAGUUCAUUCGCUACUUGAUGAAGUACUACGAGAAGCUUGCCCGGCAAGUGUUCCACCAAGAGCGGCGACCAUGGACAUGGACCCGUAAACAAGCAAAAGCGGCAAAGAACCGGGUACUGGUUCUGGUCCUCAAAGUCUUGCAGUGCUGUAUUUGGUGCUUCGAGAAAUGCGUCAAGUUCCUGAACAAGAAUGCGUACAUUCAGAUCGCGCUGAUGGGUACGAACUUCUGCGUGUCUGCCAAGAAGGCCUUCUUCUUGAUUUUGAGAAAUGCCUUCCGAUUCGGAACCGUGGCAAUCCUCGGGACUAUGAUCCAUGCCAUCGGUUUCCUGUUCAUCAUUGCAUCCAGCGUUGCUCUGGGCUACCUCAUCUUGACGGGCCUCUACCCUGAUAUUUCCCCUGCUGUCUGCCUCAUCAUCUACGGCUGCACAGCCUACGUUGCCUCGACCUCGGUCCUGAAUGUAUUUGGCCUUGCAGUGGACACCACGUUGCAGUGUUUUAUCGCUUGCGAGGAAAUGGAACUGGGAGGCGACUUCGUUCCAAGCUCCAUGAGCAGAUGGCUGGACAAGUCCAAGCCAAUCGUAGAUGAGGAUGACUGA